CUCUUGGUUCUAAAAGAAUCAAGCACUGUGCACCUUGAUGCUGUCCUCAAUUUUAGAGCCAACUGUACUCUUUUAAUCAUCAAUUGUAAGAUACACUUAGCUUCUAUGCCUCUACAAGCUGUACAGGUAUAGGGAAAUGGCAUGUAAAUACUACAGUGACAGAUUAUUCAUGUCCCUACAACUCGUUUCAGCUGUCAACCUAAAGGAAAAGCAUUUUUGUCACUCUUGUAACUACAAAAAAACAAAAUGGGCUGAGAACUGGAAAUCAUAUAUGAAUGAAGUAACCUCACUAAGAAUGAUCCCAUCCUUUCCACUACAACAAACCAAUAUGGAUUAUCAGGGUUUUACGGAGCAUUAAUUAUGUCCAUAUUUGAGAAGAGAUAAGGAAAGUAUGUUUUGACAUAUUUCAGGGCCAUCAAGAAAUGGGGACCUGGAUUUUGUUUGCCUGCCUCCUGGGAGCAGCUUUCGCUAUGCCUCUACCACCUCAUCCUGGGCACCCUGGUUAUAUCAACUUCAGCUAUGAGUGGAACCCAUAUUUUCAGAUGAUCAAUAUUAAUAGGACUGCAUUAUUGAGUGUGCUUACCCCUCUGAAGUGGUACCAGAGUAUGAUAAGGCAGCCGUACACUUCCUAUGGUUACGAACCCAUGGGUGGAUGGCUGCACCACCAAAUCAUUCCCGUGCUGUCCCAGCAGAAUCCCCCGAAUCACGCCCUACAGCCUCAUCACCACAUCCCUGUGGUGCCAGCUCAGCAGCCCGUGGCCCCCCAGCAACCAAUGAUGCCAGUUCCUGGCCAACACUCCAUGACUCCAACCCAACACCACCAGCCAAACCUCCUUCCACCUGCCCAGCAGCCCUUCCAGCCCCAGACCGUCCAGCCGCAGCCUCACCAGCCCAUCCAGCCCCAGCCACCCGUGCACCCCAUCCAACCCCUGCCACCACAGCCACCUCUGCCUCCGAUGUUCCCCAUGCAGCCCCUGCCCCCAAUGCUUCCUGACCUGCCUCUGGAAGCUUGGCCAGCAACAGACAAGACCAAGCGGGAGGAAGUGGUGAGUAUAUUCUGAAGCCACUACAACACCUGUGAAAACGGUAAA